AUGAGCCUCUGCUUUGUUGUCCUGGCCCCUCGACCGCCCUGGCUGCCCCCGCGCUGCUCCUCUAGAUCCAUCCUCCGAUCUCUCCGCAGCCUCUCCUCGACAAUCACAAACGCCAGGAUGGCAUCGGCAUCGGCAUCAGAACCGACACCGGCACUGCCGCGCUUCAUCGACAUCGGCGUCAACCUCACCGACCCCAUCUUCCGCGGCAACCACCACGGCAAGCAGGCGCACGACGACGAUUUUGGCCGUGUCCUCGAGCGCGCAAAAGCAGCGGGCGUCGUGGGACAGAUCAUCACGGGAGGCAACCUGCAAGAGUCCCAGGAGGCCCUCGAGCUGGCCCACGGCGACGACACCUUCUACUCGACCGUCGGCUGCCACCCGACGCGCACGUCGGAGAUGGAAUCGCACCCGGAUGGCGCCGAAGCCUACCUCGCCCAGCUCUCGCAGCUUAUCCAGGCAUCUCGACAGUCCGAAGGCGACGUCGGUGCGGGCAAGGGCCAGCGCAAGGUGGUGGCCAUCGGCGAGUGCGGCCUCGACUACGACCGCCUUCACUUUUCGCCCGCCGAGGUGCAGAAGCGCCACUUUGCCUCGCAGCUCGACCUCGCCGUGCGCUGGCAGCUGCCCCUCUUUCUCCAUUCCCGCGCCGCCCACGCCGACUUUGCCGCCAUCCUCAAGCCUCGCAUACAAGAGAUCCACGACGUCCUCUCGUCGUCGUCGUCGUCGCCGUCGUCGUCGGCGCCCCAUCCCGACGACGCUGCGGCCAGGCGCGUCGGCGUGGUCCACAGCUUCACGGGCACGCUCGACGAGAUGCGCGAGCUCGUCGACCUGGGCCUCUUUAUCGGCAUCAACGGCUGCUCGCUCAAGACGCAGGACAACCUCGACGUCGUCAAGGCCAUCCCGCUCAGCCGCCUGAUGCUCGAGACCGACGCCCCCUGGUGCGACCCGCGCUCGACGCACGCCUCGGCGUCGCACAUCCAGGCGCUCAAGGCAUCGCGGCCGGACCUGCACGCCCUCUACCAGCCUGCCUCGGCCAAAAAGGAAAAGUGGCGCCCCGAUGCCAUGGUCAAGGGCCGCAACGAGCCCUGCGUCAUUGGCGCCGUCGCCGCCACCGUCGCCAGCGUCAAGGGCCUCGCGCUAGAAGAGGUCGCAGAAGCAGCGAUGCGCAACACUCGCUGGCUCUUUGGGCUGUGA